AAGAAAAAAUAUAGUCACCUGAUUGGCUACACUGAUUGGGAGGGGCGAACAAGCCGUGACCUGAGGUCGAGAUGGGCGAGCCCGGGCAGGGGUCAGUCCACCUGGUGACUUGUGAGGGUCAGGACGUGAGCACGAGCGCGCCCGCUCACCUCCCCGCCAUGCAGAAGACUUUCUACGAGACAUACCCGGCCCAGCCGCCCUCCUACACCUCCUAUUACGACAACGCCUUCAACAAUGGCUAUUCCUACGACGCAGGCUCGUGUGGACAGUAUUACGACGAGUACGUGGACUACCGUGCAGCGUGCGGCCUGGCCUCCAACAUGAUGCCGCAGCACCUCAUGAUCGGCCAGGGCCCGCAGUCAGACUACUCCUCCUACAUGAGCUCGCCGCAGCUGGGUUACUACGAGUCCAGCUUCACCAGGGACUAUCCCGCCUGGGCGAGGGAAACGUCCCGCGGCCAGGGCAAGAAGAGCCCGGCCCCACUCUCCGCCACAGCCCAUCUGACUCCCACUUCAGCUCAGGGCACUACGAUACCCGCCACCCAGCAUUCCCUUCAGCCGCCAGCACAGACGUCAACGCAGGCCAGCGUCCAGCAGCCCAGCGUGCAGCCGCCCCCGCCGCCUCAGGGACAUCCUCCCACCGUUGUCACGCCGCCCAAUCAACUCACGCCCAUCUCUCUCCCGUCCGGUGCAGAUUACGGUGAGAGUGGCGAGGGCGGCGUCGCCGGCGGGGUGGGUGGCCAGGGCGGGGUUCCAGGCGCACCCACCAAGCGUGCCCGCACCGCCUACACCUCUGCCCAGCUGGUGGAGCUGGAGAAGGAAUUCCACUACAACCGCUACCUCUGCCGGCCCAGGAGGAUCGAGAUGGCUGCGCACCUCAACCUUUCAGAGCGACAAAUCAAAAUCUGGUUCCAGAACCGUCGGAUGAAGUAUAAGAAGGAGCAGAAAGCCAAAGGAUGCAUCGACAAAGGCCCCAGCUCCCCCUGUGCCUCCCCAGCGACAUCCGUGCCGCCCAUGUCUCCCUCAGGGGACAUGUCCACCAUGCCUGCAACUUCCCAGUGCCACGCAGGCUCCUGCCACGGCCCAGGCCUCUCCGGGGCGCCACACAGCCAGCUGCCGCCUCGCCUCCAGCAGCAGCACCUACAGGACGCCCGUCACUACCUGCCGCCCAACACCUGCGCAGGGCCCAAGCAGCAACUCGGCCCCAGCAUGGCCACCAUGUCCGGCCCGCACGGUCAGAUGGGACAUUUCCUGGGAUCUCAGACUUACUCGCACACCGCGGCCAUGUCUGAGGCCCUGCCCCUGGGGCUUUCCCUUCCAACGUCAGGACACCAACAAAUGCAACAGCAGCACCAGCAACAUCCACACCAGCAACAUCCUCAUCAACAGCAACAUCACCAGCAGCAGCAGCAGCAGCAGCAGCAACAACAGCAGCAGCAACAAUCACAACAACCACAUCAACAUCAGCAGCAGCGGCAGCCGGUGGCUCCUCACGUGCAGGAUGGACACCACGACCGACACAUGAGCUGCCCGUGUCCGCCGUCACUGCAGGACUACCCUCCGUGUUCCCUCACCCCGCUGCCGCCCCAUACCACGCAGCCCCUCACACCCAACAUGGCUCAGGAUGUCAAAAAGACGAUGGGGUGGGCUGUGCCUUCCCUUCAAACCCCCAUCACUACCUCAGCGAUGACCAGCCUCGCCAACAGCUAUCCGUCGCCGCCCCAUGACAACGAGGACGAGCUGGUGUCACUCUAGCCGCGCUCUGACGCGCCUCUCCCCGUCGAGCUUUUGCCAGGCUUGACUGCACCUCCCAGUGCUGCCACAUGGUGGAUGUCCGUGUCUUCCCAGUCAGCCUAUCAACCGAAUUAUGAUUGUGAUUAACUUUUGGGCCUUAGCGUGUAAGUAGUAGUCACUAGGUGAUCAGUAGCGUGUCGUGGAUUUUCCUGUAAAUAGUGUUUGUUAAUAUCCUUACUAUGUUAAAUAAAAACCGUGACAACAGUGUA